AUGGAUGGGUGGAAGAAGUGUCUGGUGGCGGUGUUGGUGCUGGCACUGGUAAGCACCCAGCUGGCCCCGGUCGGUUCGAACGCAACCGAAACGCGUCCAAAGUCCGGUGGUCGGGAACGUUCCCCGGGUGCGACCGCCAUCGCGUCCCUUUCGUCCGCAUCGAUAGCGGCCGCCAUUGCCUCACGCAGUGCGGCUGGCAGCAGCAAUGGUAACAGCAGCGGAAACGGAAGUAGCAGUGGAAGCGGAAGUGGUAGCCCGAAUGGUGGUGGCAACGGUGGGAAAUGUAAUAUCGCUCAGUUGCGCUGCGCCAACGGGACCUGCAUACCGUCGUCGAAAUUCUGCGACGGCAAUUUCGAUUGCCUUGAUAAGAGCGACGAGCCGAAAUCUUGUACAGCAUGCAACCGUACCCUGCACGGUGAGGCCGGAAGAACGUACGAGCUACAAAUACAGAACCUCCACGGUGUGUAUCCGUUCGUGUGCCACCUAAACUUUACGGCCACCGGAGGCCUCUACGGUGACAUUGUUCAGCUAAAUCUUGCCAAGUUUAGCAUCGGAAAAUAUGUCGAAAAUUUCCACGAUCCCAAACAGCAUGGUGAGUGUAUGGAAGGGUUCAUGACCAUCAGUGAACAGGGUCUGCCAAAUCUCGACGGCAGAUGGUGCGGGACGGCAUCCGGCUAUACGAUAUACUACAGCGAGACGAAAUCGGUCAAUGUUACGCUGCGUCUGGACAAACUACCACAGGCCAGCAGUAGCAUGUCGAAUGGGUUCGAGUUUCGUCUAAUCUACAAGUUUUUGCGUCACAGCGAUGCUAAGCUAAGGAACGACAACCGGAUAUGGAACGGAGAUCUCGUACCGGGCAGCUACUGCAAUCGCAACUUUUAUGACUGUGACAAAAGGACCUGCCGAAUACGAUCGCCCAACUAUCCCGGCAUUUAUCCGCGUAAUUUAACAUGUAAAUAUUAUAUUAAUCAUCGGGCGCCCCCUAGCGGUCUGCACGCGAUGAUCGUCCUACGGCAGCCGGACGGGCAUAAAUUAAAUAUGAAGGAGCAGGCGACACACCACGAGGCAAACAACCGGAUUUUAAGGAGUUGGGAGCAAUGCGACGAGGCACAGGACUAUCUCAGUAUUUACGACGGUGCCGCACCGGAAGCACCGACCAUUGGGAGAAUUUGCGGUGGAGACGUCCUGCCGGAUAUCGUAUCCAGCGGUCCGGAGAUGCGUGUCGAGUUCCACACGUCCCCGUUCGAUGUGCCGUUCCAUCCGAAUCCCGUCACCUUCCUGCCCGGCUUUGAGCUGGAAGUUCACGUACUGUACGUCAAUGCCAACUCACAGUCGUACAUCCGGCAACCGGGACGGUGCGAGUUCAUUAUCAGCGCGUUCGAAAGCCAGACGGGCGAACUGGAGAGUCCGCAGCACACGCUGCCACCGGAGAGCUCCUGUCUGUAUCACUUCCAGGGUCGACGGCACGAAACGGUGUGGGUGUCAUUCAUUAAGUACCAUUCCGCUAUCGAUCCAACCGGGUUCGAGUCGCCGGCCGAAUGUGUGACGCAGUUACGCAUCUGGGAUGGCCGAUGGUCGUCGGUGACGUCGCGCCCUUACGGCGCACCGCCGGACUUCCAGCGCAAUGCGAGUCUGAUCGAGCAGAUCUGUCGCGAGGAGGUGCCGCGACUUUGUUCCCGUUCGUUGGUAGCUAAGGGUAGUCGACCCUGCUCAACACAAGAAAGUUAUCUUUCUACGGGUUCCGACUUAACGAUCGAGUACCGUCCCAGCCCAAUCGGUACGGCACGUCUAUACGGUCCAGCUUCGGCCUUUAAGCUGAGGUACGAGUUUGUGGACAACUCGCUCGGUGGAGCACCCUUGGAACCGCUAGUAGCUCCAUCAGCCAUGCCCGAACCGGCCGCCCUAGUGCAGUUCCAUCCCAAAUCUUGCGAUCGCGUCUUUCGCUCUUCGUCUGCAUCACGUGGCAUCUUCCGCUCGCCGUCCAACGUUUUCAUGUACGGACGUGGAGGUUCGCCAAACAUUUCCUGCAUCAUACGGUUCGAAGCGAGCGGUGGUGAGAGUGUAAGAUUAACGAUCACCAGAGCACGGUUCGGUGGAAGAUCGUGUCAAAACUUGCAGAACCGAUCUGGACGUUGGCACUGUAAUCAUCAUGGCGGACCGGUGUCCGAUUUGCGCAUCAGCGAAGUACCGUGGACGGAUGUAUCUCCGCUACCGCGCGAUUGCCUUUGCUCGGAUGUGUCCGGGUCGAUAACGCUCGCACCAUUAGCGGCUAGCAUCGUGGAGGUGAAGUUUACCACACUACAGAUGGAGGUUGAUCAAGAUUUCCGUGACUUUUACUUCGAGGGACGGUACGAGUUUGCGCGCGACGGUUGCGAGACGGAUUGGUCCGAGCGACGGCUUCGGGGACGUAGUGGCGACGCCUAUCUGAAGCCGACACCCUGUCCCGCACUGAUUCAACCGUGGUUGCUUGAGCCCGAGACGGAUAGUAGCUACUUGGUGCUGAAGUUGAAAGGGUUCUGGAUGCCGCCCCUACUCCAAUCGGCACCACCCUGUCCGACAGAUGCCCGCAUCACCGUGUACUCGACGAACAACCCGAAGAACUCACGCGAUCUGUGUCCCUCGGGUCCGGAUGUGGUGGCGUUCUCGGACGGUUGGGACCGUGCGUACGAGUUCAGUGCGAUGGAGAUUUCGAAAAGUUUGAUCAUCGAGUUCAAGAGCCCCCGGCGGCCACCGGUCGAGCUGAUCGAGUACAAGUUCUCCUGGAUGGAGAUCUUCCCGGCCCACGACUGUCCGCAUCGCUGUCAGGAGCUGCAGGCAUGCAUCCCGUCCGAGCUGUGGUGUGACGGCAAAGUGCACUGCCCAUCGGGCCAGGACGAAAGCCCAACGGAGUGUGAUCUUCGAUUGCCACUGUCCCCGCUGCACGUCGGUCUGGCGGCGGCCACCCUGACGCUUGUGCUCUCGUUGGCAGCCGGUUUGACAGCCUGUGCACGCCGCAAGCGGGGUGAAAAGAAACACCUGCAGAGUGUCCAUCUUGAUGCAGCCGGCCGGGGUGGUUAUGGGCAGCCGCAUCCACACCAUGCUGGCGCCGGCUAUCCACACGCGAACCAUCACCUAACGUCCAGCCACGCACUGACGCCCCUGUAUCUGGACCCGUCGAAGGAUAGCUUCUGUUGA